AUGCGAGAUGAAACAACUAUGCGAGAUGGGCCAACUAUGCGAGACGGGCCAACUAUGCGAGACGGGCCAACCAGGGCAAACGCCUCAAGUGGGGUAAGCACCCCAACCGGGACGGACGAGGGCCCGCCCAUGGAGCAACACACGUACGAUGUCGUCAUCGUAGGCGGGGGACUCUUCAGCUGUUGCCUGCACUACUUUCUAAAGAGAAAAAAACCAAACAUAACCAUCCUUAUCCUGGAGAAGGAGCAAACCCUCGGAGGGUACAUCAAAACAGAAUGGCUAGAAGACCAAGGGAAGAACUUCCUCUGCGAGUUGGGCCCAAACAUUUUUAAAAUAUCUGACGACAGUUACCAGCUGCUCAAGGAAUUAAACCUCCUGUCACACGUAAGGGUCCUCAACAGAAAGCUCCUACGAUAUGUGUAUUCAGGUGGAAAGCUACAUCCCCUUCGCCUCACCAUUUGGGGCUACUUUGCUUUCCCCCUUAUAAGUGUAACCAAUAAAGUGAAGCUUUUAUAUAGGCUCCUAUUCAAGCGGUACAAAAGGUUGAGCACCUACGAUGAGGACAUUAGCGUCGAAGAUUACAUGCGGGAAAAUUUUGACCUGCAACACUAUAACUUUCUGUUGCUGCCUUUGAUAUAUGGGUCGUGUGGGGGCGUGGGCAGCAUCUCGGCCAUCUCCUUUUUUUCGCGCAACCUCAAGCUGUUCGAUAGUAAGAUGAACAGUUUGCGCGUGUGGCAGGAGAGGGCGCGGAGGGGAGUCUACCCAGUUGGCCCAUUUGACCCAGUCAACCGAGCGGACCGAGUGGACUGCCUCAGCGGAGGCAAAGCUGGCGGUGCCGCUCCCCCCCCCGUGGGUCUCCAACACUCCUUUGCGCAAAGAAUGAAUCACACGUAUGACCAGGCCCCCUCCUUCAACAGCGUGCUGUACAGGCAGGACACGCCCAGCGGGGACACCGUGGGGGGAGACUCCGUUGGGGGGGACACCAUCGGGGGGGACACAGCUGGCGGGGACUCCCUCGGCGGGGAGGCGCACAGUGGUCCGGUGAAUAGCGGCCCUACGAAGAGCGGCAGCGAGAGUAGAAGCCCUGAGAGGGGCAUCCCCGAGAGUGGAAUCCCCUCGAAUAGCAGUUUAUCAAAUGAUGAAUGCGCAACUGAACGCCACGCAGGGGUGGACGCCAUGAAGGGCCAGCGCUCCUUCGCGGACACCGCCCCCCCAGUGGAAGGGUGCCUCCACUUCGUAAAGCGAAUCUACGCAAAGUGCAAACGCGCAGUCCUCCAAGUCAUGCCGCUGUUCUACCCCCAGCUAGCCAAAAAAGGCUCAAAAGCAUAUGAACAAAAAAAAAAAAAAAAAAUUUUGGGAAAAACAAUAUCCUUGAAAUAUGGCAUGUACGAAAUAAUUGACAAGCUAAAAAAAAACAUAAAUAAAAAAUACGUGUGGACGAAUGAGGAAGUAGAUUUUGUGGAAAAGCACAACGAAGACACUUGGGUGUGUACCAUCAAGAAAAAACACUCGAACAAAACUGCCUGUAUAUACGGGAGAAAUGUCAUCCUUACGGUCAACUCCAAGACGUGCGCCAAUAUCAUGCGAAAAAUAUUGCCCCCAGAAAUGAAGGACAAUCUUGUAAAUGUGCAAUACACAAACAUUAUUAGCGUUACUGUGUACUACCAUAAGAAGGACAUAACUCUACCCCCAAACUGCUUUGGAUUUUUAUCUGCGGACAAAACGAAUCACAUCCUCGGCUGCUUCUACACGAGCAACAUGUUUAAGGAGAGGUGCAAUGACGACAGUGUUGUUGUGUUGACUCUAUACAUGGGGGGGCAGAACAACCCUAAUGAUGUAUACCUGGAGGAGAAAGAAAUUACCCAAAUUGUGUCCAAAGAGCUGACAAAAAUAUUUCAUGUUCAGAACAAUGCCCAGCCUGUUAUCCUCAAGGUGAAGAAGUGGUUUGACUCUAUCCCCUUCUAUUCGCACAACUACGAACGGCACUUGAAACGCUUCCUAAACGAGCUGCACAACCCGCAGUACCGGAACUUGUUUGUCGAUUCGGGGUGGAUUACCGGGACGUCCAUAUCUGACAGGAUUGCCUCGGCGAGGGACUUGUCGGAGUUUAUGGCGGCCAGCGUGUUAGCGGUGAAGUAGUGAAGCAGUGAAGUAGUGAAGCGGUGAAGCGGUGAAGCGGUGGUGAGGCGAUACGGCAACGCUGCGUUAGCAUGACGGGGGAAACCCGCACAGUGUUCCGUGCUGUGCGGUAUCUGGGCUUGCACCGCGAAUUCUCCCCGGCGCGCUAAGGCGGGGCCACACUCCAUCCACUAUGCGAAGGUCUCAUUAGACGCGCACUACAUAAAUAUGCCAUUUGCACCAACUUGAAGAGAAGAAAAAAAGUGACACAUAAAAGCGUGCGCUUCUGCACAUCCACGUAUUUUUCUCGUAAAUUUUAAGAACGCUUAAUUUAUAAGAAAGAAACGAAACAAACAAAGAAGG